AGAAAAGCGCGGGAAAUUCGGCCAUUUUUUAUAGUUGCUUAUUGUUUGAUAAAAUAAAGCGCAAUAUAAAGGUUGGAAGUAGAACCUGACGAAUUCUUUAUAUGUUUGCAGUGUGAUGGCAAAAAAUGAGUGCUUUGAAAAUGUGAUUUCUACUGAAGAUACUGAUUUGGAUGAACAUGUCGACCAAACUCACUCAGGCUCGCACUCAGAUGUUGAAUUCGCCGAACUAUUUGAGAAAGUUCCUAUUUUAAAAAAUAUGUUCCUCAUGAAGUCUAAGAUUGGUGAAGGUACAUUUAGCAAUGUUUACCAGGCUCAUCUUGUUGAACAUCCAGAUGAAUUGUUUGCCUUGAAGCACAUCAUACCUACAAGUUCACCAGAUCGUGUUGAAAGAGAAAUACGAUGUCUUCAGGAAAUGGGUGGAAAGAAUAAUGUGAUUGGCUACAAAGGAGCUGUACGACACUAUGAUCAUACUGUCAUCAUGUUACCAUAUUUUCCUCAUGAUAGAUUUCAGACCUACUUUCUUGAGAUGACCACAUCUGACAUAAAAGACUACAUGAAGAAUCUUUUCAUUGCUCUGAAACAUAUUCACAGUUUUGAUAUAAUUCAUCGAGAUAUUAAACCUGGUAAUUUUCUACAUUCACGACAAUCUGGAAGAUAUAAUCUUGUUGAUUUUGGUUUGGCAAUGCAUGAAUCUCAGUCUAAAAAAUCAUGGCAGAUAGAGAGGAAAAAUGAUAAAUACAAUCCAUAUCCAACAGACAAAACUACAGGACCUUCGUCACCAAAAAGGGCGAAGAGAAACGGCCAACCAACGAAGAAGCAACGAACAAGUCCAAGAUUUAUGAAGAUCACGCACAAACUUAAUUCGCGUUCUCAUGUUUUCGUUCCUAAAACGAAAGCAAAAUGUACGAAGUUGAAAGACAUCACGUUCGUUGCGUCCAACAAACACGCAAAAUCAAACCUUAACCACGAAACGAUGAAAAUUUCUCAUAAACUUCCUGUAGGACUGUGUCAGACUAAACACAAAUCUUAUGAAAUAUGUUCUUUGUGUAGUAAAAGAGCAGUACAAAACGCUCCUCGAGCUGGUACAUCUGGAUUUCGGGCUCCAGAGGUCUUGUUGAAACAUCCGGAGCAGACUACAGCUGUCGAUAUGUGGUCAGCUGGAGUAAUAUUGUUAUGUCUUUUGACUGGAAAGUAUCCUUUCUUUCGCUGUGCAGAUGAUAUGACUGCUUUGGCUCAGAUAAUGACCGUCUUUGGUAAGCAACGUGUUGCUGAAAGUGCGAAAUUACUAGGUAAAUACAUGGUGAGCAACUCCACUUGUCCUGGUUAUGAACUAAAGGAACUUGCACAAAGAUUACGAGCAUCAAAUAUGGAGGAAGAGCGACCUAUGAAGUGCUGUGAAUCCUGCAAAGCAGGUUCAACUGAAGAGGAGGCGUUUACCUCUAUAACGGAUAAAACGAAUAUCGACGGAUUGGAUGAAGACGAAAAGUUUUGUGUUACAUUGAAUAAUUGCACAUGUAGCAACGAUGUAAAUGAUCAUGUAACUGGCAGAAGAAAAUUAUAUGUAAAAAUGAAUGAGAAAAAACGUGCAUGCAUUCAAAGUAAAUGCAUCAAUGAUUCUGACUCAAGAGUUGGAGUUCCCAAUGAUAAAGAUGAACAUCGUAUCAUGUCGGAAAGUGGUCGGUCCUUUUCGAAAGAGACGACUAAACGUGAAGGAGGAAAACUUUCCGUGAAAGAACAUCUUGAUGGAAGCCCAUGUUUAUGUGUUUGUGGUUUAUGUAAGAAUUACGUACCUCUGACCGUGUAUGAUCUUCUUGAAAGGUGUCUGGAUUUAAAUCCAACAACAAGAAUAACUGCAAGCGAAGCUCUUAGUUAUCCUUUCAUUUGCGAAAACAUCAACUCUUUAGAGUGUGCCAAGUUAUAGAAAAGUUGAUAGUGAGAAGUUAAUAUGAUGAAUUGUUGAAGUUAAAAUGUGUAAGCCUGUGUCUUGUUAGUUUAAACUGACUACUAUUAAAUAUUAGCUAAAUAAACUGUAAAUUACACGGCAGAUAUUCAGGCAUCUAGGAAUUUUAAGUGCUUCAUCUGUGUUUGUCAUUUCUAAUACAAUGCCAUAUCUGUCUAGGAUUGCUAUAUUUUUGUUCACACCAUGAAUAGAAGUCAGUAUUUGAAUUAUAAAAAUGCAUUAUUUUUGUAUUAAUUAACAGUUAUAAACUUAGAACUAAAUUCUCAUUACUUCAAUUAGAUGCAUCUCCGUAAUCUUAUAAUGAUAGCAUAUUAGUUUUUUCCAUAUCCAACAUAUUAUAUAGAAAUUUAUA